AUGAAAGAUGGGGCGCUAAAACGUGGCAAAGAAAUGGGUGUUCGACGGUCGGAGAAACACGAUCAAAUGUCAGUUGCUUCUUUUGUGCGAACAGAGGAUGGAUUGUUGAUGGUAAAGAUGGUCCGCAGUAAUCGUGUGGAACCUUUGUUCCAAAAAAACGAGAUCACCAAGCGUAAUUAUGUGUGCAUGAUGAGACCGCAGAUUUUGCCAGAUCCUGCCAAAUUGCGAGGGAAGUGGGGCAUUUUUUUAACGACUAUAGCAAUCAACGUACUAGUGCCCUUAUUUACUUGUAGAUAUGCUGUGACCGACAACGGAAAGCGCCAUAAACACCGUUCCAGUAACCUUUCUAAUCAUGCCAGACAGAUGAUGAUGAUGAUGCAAUAG